UGAGCAAGUUUGGAGGAAAGUCGGAGGUACGGAAACAUUUUCAUUUUCUGUGUUUAUCAUUGUUCACGUUUUUUUAGGCUUUUUUUUUUUUUUUUUCAUUCAGAUCUAUUUGCGAUCCAUUCUGAAUAAACAAACAAUGCAGUUUACAUGCUUCGUCCUUGUUGCAUUUUUUCAUUAAGAUAAAUCUAAACUAAUUUCUGUAGUUCAAACAACUUAGAAUUGUAGUUGAGAACGUCUGUUAUAACGGCUCACCUAUUAAAAAAUAGUCGGGUUUAAAAUGGGCUCGGGCUCAUAAUUACAGUUAAUGUGUCGGACCGGGUCGGGCUCGGACACAAGGUGCACGGGCUCGGGUAGGAUCGGGUUUAAUUUUUUGGGCCCGAUCUAAGCUCUACUGUGCUGGUCGAGUGGAGGUUUUUGAUAAAGGUCGGUGGGGAACAGUGUGUGAUGAUGACUGGGAUAUUGCUGAUGCUGCAGUGGUGUGUAGAGAGCUGGACUGUGGGAUGGCUGUAAAAGCAACAUCUAAUGCUCACUUUGGACAAGGAUCAGGACCAAUUUCAAUGGGUUAUGUACAAUGUAGUGGAUCAGAGACUGCACUGAAAGACUGCAGUUCAAACAGCCAGUAUAGACAGUACUGUAAUCAUAAUGAAGAUGCUGGUGUCGUCUGUUCAGGUCGCCACCCCACACUUGUUGAUGGAUCCCACCUGUGCUCUGGGAGAUUAGAGAUACUUCAGGAGAACAAACGAUACACAGUGUGUGACGCUGCCUUUGACCAGCAGGAUGCAGAGGUUGUGUGUAGAGAGCUGGACUGUGGGGCUCCUGUACAGGUGCUGGGAGCAGCUGCUUUUGGCAAAGGAGAUGCUCAGAUGUGGACACAAGAGAUUCAGUGCAGAGGAAAUGAAUCACACAUUCGACACUGUCCUUUGUCAACUUCAAUGAAAAUAAACUGUGCCCAUGAUAAUGGCAUUGGACUGAUAUGUUCUGGCUACACUGAUCUCAGACUGGUAAACGGCCCUGACGUCUGUUCUGGUCGAGUUGAACAUCAGUACAUCAGUAAAUGGGGCACAGUGUGUGAUGCAUGCUGGGAUAUGAGAGCUGCCGGUGUCCUCUGUAGACAACUGAAUUGUGGGAUUGCUGUGUCUGUUGUGGAAUCAGACUGGUUUGGAGAGGGAAGUGGUGAAAUCUGGGCUGAUGUGUUUGACUGUGACGGGAAUGAAACAAAACUCUCAGAAUGUUCCAUCUCUUCAUGGAGUCGAGCUGAAU